UUAGUCACCCUGUGGGCGCCUGUCAGCCUUACUCAAGAAUGGAGCUGGUGGCUGCAUCCCCAGUGACGAUUUUCUGAAUGGUCUUGCUUCUUUGUCUAUCUUGUCUGAUUUUCUCCUGUCUGACCUUUUCCUGGUUAAAAAUCUGGGGGAAAAUGACGGACUCCAAGCCGAUCACCAAGAGUACAUCAGAAGCAAACUUCAUCCUGAGCCAGGAGCCCUUUCCAGCCUCUGACAACUCAGGGGAGACACCGCAGAGAAAUGGGGAGGACCACUCUCUGCCCAAGACUCCCAGCCAGGCCGAGCCAGCCUCCCACAAAGGCCCCAAAGAUGCUGGUCGGCGGAGAAACUCCCUGCCACCCUCCCACCAGAAGCCCCCAAGAAACCCCCUUUCUUCCAGUGACGCAACACCCUCCCCAGAGCUCCAAGCCAACGGGACCGGGACACAAGGUCUGGAGGCCCCAGAUACCAAUGGCCUGUCUUCCUCCGCCAGGCCCCAGGGCCAGCAAGCUGGCUCCCCCUCCAAAGAAGACAGGAAGCAGGCAAACAUCAAGAGGCAGCUGAUGACCAACUUCAUCCUGGGCUCUUUUGAUGACUACUCCUCCGACGAGGACUCUGUUGCCGGCUCAUCUCGUGAGUCUACCAGGAAGGGCAGCCGGGCCAGCUUGGGGGCCCUGUCCCUGGAGGCUGCUCUGACCGCAGGUGAAGCUGAGACCCGUGUCCCCACUAUGAGGCCGAGCAUGUCGGGACUCCACCUGGUGAAGAGGGGACGGGAACACAAGAAGCUGGACCUGCACAGAGACUUUACAGUGGCUUCUCCCGCUGAGUUUGUCACACGCUUUGGCGGGGAUCGGGUCAUCGAGAAGGUGCUUAUUGCCAACAACGGGAUCGCCGCCGUGAAGUGCAUGCGCUCCAUCCGCAGGUGGGCCUAUGAGAUGUUCCGCAACGAGCGGGCCAUCCGGUUUGUUGUGAUGGUGACCCCUGAGGACCUUAAGGCCAACGCAGAGUACAUCAAGAUGGCGGAUCAGUACGUCCCCGUCCCAGGAGGGCCUAAUAACAACAACUAUGCCAACGUGGAGCUGAUUGUGGACAUUGCCAAGAGAAUCCCUGUGCAGGCGGUGUGGGCUGGCUGGGGCCAUGCUUCUGAAAACCCUAAACUUCCGGAGCUGCUGUGCAAGAAUGGAGUUGCUUUCUUAGGUAGAGAGGGAGAGGCCCUGUGGUUUCUGGGUUGUGUGUGUUUCUCCUGGAUUUGGGAGGAAUCAGCUUUCUUUGUGACUCCAGGCCUGACAGUGGAGUGGACAGAAGAUGAUCUGCAGCAGGGAAAAAUAAUCAGUGUCCCAGAAGAUGUUUAUGACCAGGGUUGUGUGAAAGACGUAGAGGAGGGCUUGGAGGCAGCAGAAAAAAUUGGUUUUCCAUUGAUGAUCAAAGCUUCUGAAGGUGGCGGAGGGAAGGGAAUCCGGAAGGCUGAGAGUGCGGAGGACUUCCCGAUCCUUUUCAGACAAGUACAGAGUGAGAUCCCAGGCUCGCCCAUCUUUCUCAUGAAGCUGGCCCAGCACGCCCGUCACCUGGAAGUUCAGAUCCUCGCCGACCAGUAUGGGAAUGCUGUGUCUCUGUUUGGUCGCGACUGCUCCAUCCAGCGGCGGCAUCAGAAGAUUGUUGAGGAAGCACCGGCCACCAUCGCCCCGCUGGCCAUAUUCGAGUUCAUGGAGCAGUGUGCCGUCCGCCUGGCCAAGACCGUGGGCUAUGUGAGUGCAGGGACAGUGGAAUACCUCUACAGCCAGGACGGCAGCUUCCACUUCUUGGAGCUGAAUCCUCGCUUGCAGGUGGAACAUCCCUGCACGGAAAUGAUCGCUGACGUCAAUCUGCCGGCUGCCCAGCUACAG